GGAUUUUCUCGACCGAACAGCGCUCUCUCCAACCAUCUUUCCAAGCAUAUACAGAUCUGCAAUACGGCAGUGAUCCUUUGCGUGAGCCACUCCUCCGUGCGAAGCUAGUCCCCGUUAUAAAACUAUGUCAGGAGAACCCAACGCCGCUUGGCCCGUGGCCGACGAGAGCCUCACCCAGAAUCUGCUGGACCUUGUGCAGCAGGCUUCUCACUACCGCCAGCUGAAGAAGGGUGCGAACGAGGCAACCAAGACCCUCAAUCGUGGUACAUCUGAAAUCGUUAUCCUCGCCGCAGACACAAAUCCCCUCGCUAUCCUUCUUCACAUCCCUCUUCUGUGUGAGGACAAGAAUACGCCAUAUGUCUACGUGCCUAGCAAACUAGCCCUGGGCCGGGCGACUGGUGUCUCUCGUCCGGUGAUCGCAGCCAGCAUCACCACCAACGAGGCUAGUGAUCUUAUGGGUCAGAUCCGGACCAUCAAAGACAAGGUCGAGAGACUCAUGAUCUAAAGAUGGCUAUUUUUGUUGAAUGGGUGACCUUUCUGAUAUCGUGGUGCCGAUCUUUCGUUGCUUGGGUGGCCGCAUCAAAAUGAAAGACGCUACAAGACAAAUGGGGCACCCUGAUGUACCCAAUUUUGAUAUCCCUCCAUUAUCCGGGAACCGCUAGCUUAGACCAAUAGUUGUCUUGAAUGAAUACAUAUUGGAAUCAUUAAGACAUACCUUCGUAUCCAGUUCCUGACUGAAUAGUAUAAUCGUAAAAUAGGGGUUGUACAGGGAAAGGA